AUGGCUUCUGCUUCACAGACGACCCUGGCACUUUCUGUAACAUACGACUCCGAUGUGACGUCGUCGCUGGGCCCGCAGCACGACUGGGUGCCGCUGCUGUGCGUGCUGGUGUUCACGGUGGCCUUCUCGCUGGGCAUCUCGCCCAUCUCGUGGCUGCUGAUCGGCGAGCUGUUCCCGCUGGAAUGCCGCGAGCUGGGCGGCGCGCUCGCCACCUGCUUCAGCUACGUGUGCGCCUUCGUGGGCGUCAAGACGUUCGUGGACUUCCGGCAGGCGCUGGGGCUGCACGGCGCCUUCUGGCUGUACGCGGCCGUGUCGCUGGCCGGCCUGGGCUUCGUGGUGGUGUGCGUGCCCGAGACCAAGGGCCGCGACCUGGACGAGCUGCACCCGAAGCUGGCCGGCGCCUCGGGCCCCGCGCGCUCCUCCGCCGCGGCCGCCGCCGCCCCCGCGGGCUUCCGCCUGCCCGGGUGCGGGGGCGGCGCGGGCGGCGCGGGCGGGGGAUUCUGCGGCACGGGCGCCGCGCCGGGCGUGGAGCGGUGUGCGUAA